ACCACUUCAAGACCGCGCUACUCUUCUUCUCAAAUAUCAACAAACAACACAGGAAGGACUCGGCGUUGGAUGUUCUUCGUGUAUCGUUAUAAAAACGGUUUGAAUCAGCGUGCCGCCUCUGAGUGUGACUCUUGCACUGUGAAAGUGGAAGACAAGUGGAGUGAGUGAGGCACUAUGUCUGCUGCCUGCCCACCGCAGUCUCCGGCCGUGGCUAAGACAGAGGUGCCGUUGGAAGGAUGGUGCCCUCUACUAGCAGCUACCUUUGCCUACUGGGACAACAUUCUAGGGCCUCGUGUACGACACAUCUGGGCCCCCAAAGGUCAGGGUUCGUUACUGCUCAGUGAUGGGGAGGUGACUUUUCUGGCCAACCACACGCUGAAUGGCGAGAUUCUGCGGAGUGCCGAGAGUGGCGCAGUGGAUGUCAAGUUCUUCGUCUUGUCAGAGAAAGGAGUGAUCAUCGUCUCACUUAUAUUUGAUGGAGAACUAAAGGGUGAUAAAAACACCUGCGCACUGUCCAUCAUUUUGCCUCAGUCAGAGCUGAACUUCUACCUGCCCCUGCACAGUGUCUGUGUGGAGAGGCUCAAGCACAUUGUCCGCAAAGGACGCAUCUGCAUGCAGAAGGGUUACAGCAUUAUCUCUAUGUUAACGUCUGAGAUCGUUCCCAUCAUGGAGCUGCUCUCCUCCAUGAAGACCCACAGUGUACCAGAAGAAGUUGAUAUCAAAGACACAUUAUUGAAUGAUGAUGACAUUGGAGACAGCUGUCAUGAGGACUUCCUGCACAAAGCCAUCAGCUCUCAUCUACAGACCUGCGGCUGCUCUGUCGUUGUUGGCAGCAACCCAGACAAAGUCAACAAGAUCGUGUUCACGCUGUGUCUCUUUCUCACUCCCGCUGAGAGGAAGUGCUCUCGACUGUGCCGAGCUGACGACUCCUUCAAAUAUGACACGGGGCUGUUCGUUCAGGGCCUGCUGAAGGACUCUACAGGGAGUUUUGUUCUGCCUUACCGGCAGGUGCUGUACUCUCCUUACCCAACCACUCACAUAGAUGUGGACAUUAACACGGUAAAGCAGAUGCCUCCUUGCCAUGAGCAUACGUACCACCAGCGCCGCUACAUGAGGGCUGAGCUGAGCGCACUCUGGAGAGCCGCCAGCGAGGAUGACAUUAGCCCUGACAACCUUAUCAAUGCCCAAGACUCCUUCACCCCUGACCUGAAUAUAUUUCAGGACGUGAUGCACAAGGACACACUGGUGAAGUCUUUCAUAGAUGAGGUUUUCCUCCUGAAGCCAGGCCUAUCUUUGCGGAGUGUCUACUUGUCCCAUUUUCUCCUACUGCUGCACAGGAAGGCUUUGACACUGCUCCGAUAUAUUGAAGACGAGACCCAGAAGGGGAGGAAGCCGUUCCGGUCACUGCGCAAUCUGAAGACUGACCUGGACUUGACUGUGGAAGGUGACCUGAACAUCGUGAUGGCAAUGGCGGAGAAGCUGCGGGCAGGUCUUCACUCCUUUGUCUUCGGGAAGCCAUUCUUCACCAGUGUGCAGGAGCGUGACCUACUCAUGAGCUUCUGACCUUUCACUUCUAAACUCUCAAAUGGACACUGCCAAAACACUGUCAAGUAUCCACAAGACCGUCUGGAAUGCUGUCAACUCAUGUGCUUGAACUGUGGUUCUGUGUCAAGUAUUGUAUACGUACAGCGCAUUUCUUAGGAUAAUCUGUAGACCUUGCAUGACCUGUAAGUGUUCUCCGACAAACCAGUGUAAUGAAUGUGUAACUUUUUGCAUUGUGGAUUAUUUCGCUUUAAAAUACUGAGAACUUUUUACCAGACAAACGCUGUGCAAACUACAACUGUGUUGUUUAUUUAAACUAUGAGGAUUAUGAAGCUGCCAUACAGUCCCCUGAAGGUACAACUUUGCUCUAACUUCCCUUAUACUGUAAGCAAAAAUGGUCUGUUAUAUUUUAUAAUACAUUACAAUGACCUCAAUAUAAAUGAAAUAAAAAUGCAUACAAAGAUGGUAAACAGG